AUGAAUCUAGAUAGUCCUCCUAUGCACCGGGCCUACAUUGCCCUCGGGAGCAAUGUGGGUGAGCGGGUUGAAAUGAUUGAAAAAGCUUGCAAGGAGAUGGAAAGGGCUCAUAUCAGGGUCAAGAGAACGAGCUCUCUCUUUGAGACUGCGCCAAUGUAUGUUCUUGAUCAAGACCCUUUCAUGAAUGGUGUUUGUGAGGUGGAAACCAGCUUGGGGCCUCUCGAAUUGUUAGACACAUUACAAUCAAUCGAGCUGGCUCUAGGGCGAAAGAAACUUAUUGAUAAAGGCCCACGGUCCAUUGAUCUGGACAUUCUCCUCUAUGACCAAGAAAUUUUUUGCCACGAGCGUCUCAACAUCCCACACAAGUUGAUGCUGGAACGGGAUUUUGUCCUACGACCCCUCUGCCAACUUAUCCCUCAUGAACAACCACCUAUUCCCCGACGGAAUAGGAGCUAUCUAUCCUACUUGAAGUCACUCCCGCCUCCAGAACCAGUGCCAGUGGCCACCACUCACAUAUCCCCGCAUUUCCCUCCGCUGCGCUCUACAGACCCCAAACGUCCAACUCACCUCAUGGCCAUCCUCAACGUGACCCCUGAUUCCUUCUCCGACGGCGGCAAGCAUUUCUCGCAGGACCUCUCCGCUCUCACCGAGACCGUCCGCGGCCUCAUCAAAGCCGGCGCAACGAUCAUCGACAUCGGCGGCGAGAGUACCCGCCCGGGGUCGGUCCCAGUCGGCGAGGCCGAAGAGCUAGCCCGAGUCCUCCCGGUAAUACGACACAUCCGCACUUCCAUCCCCGAAGCCAACAACAUCGCCAUCAGCAUCGACACCUACCGCGCCAAAGUAGCCGAGGAGGCCUGCGCCGCCGGCGCAGACAUCAUCAACGACGUCUCCGCCGGCACCCUCGACCCGGAGAUGCUCCCCACCAUGGCCCGCACCGGCAAAGCCGUCAUCCUGAUGCACAUGCGCGGCACCCCGUCCACAAUGACCAAGCUAACAGACUACCCGAACGGCAUCGUCCACGACGUCGGCGCCGAGCUCCGCGCGCGCGUCGCCGCCGCCGAAGCAGCUGGCAUCCGCCGCUGGCGCAUCAUCCUCGACCCGGGCCUCGGCUUCGCCAAGAAUAUGCCCCAUGAUCUGGCCAUCCUGCGCGAUCUGCAGCAGUUCCGCACCGGUAUCGAAGGGCUAGAGUACUUUCCCUGGUUGAUGGGGCCGAGUCGAAAGAGAUUCAUUGGCCGGCUCACGGGCGUGGAGAAGGCGAGCGAGCGCACUUGGGGCACCGCGGCGACUGUCACCGCCAGUAUUGCCGGGGGAGCGGAUAUCGUGCGCGUGCACGAUGUCAGGGAGAUGUGGCAGGUUGCCAAGGUGGCUGAUGCUAUAUACCGCGUAUAA